AUGCAUAGAACUUAUUCCUUAAGAUCCAGCAAAGCUCCUACCGCAGCACAAUUGCAAUCCCCUCCACCACCAACAUCUUCUACCAAGUCGAAGUUUUUCGGUAAGGGAGGAAUUGCUUCCUCUUUCCGUAAAACCGUUGCUGGUAGCACCGGUCCAGAAAUGUCCAGAAAAUUGUCACAAUUCGUCAAGAUGGAAAAGAAUGUGAUGAGAGCCAUGGAAUUGACUGCUAGAGAAAGAAGAGAUGUUGCCAAGCAAUUGAGUUUAUGGGGUGAAGGUAACGAUGAAGAUGUUUCGGAUGUCACCGACAAAUUGGGUGUUUUAAUCUACGAAAUCGGUGAAUUGGAAGACCAAUACAUUGACAAGUAUGACCAAUACAGAAUCACCUUGAAGACCAUUAGAAACAUUGAAGCUUCUGUUCAACCAUCAAGAGACAGAAAGCAAAAGAUCACCGACGAGAUUGCUCACUUGAAGUACAAGGACCCACAAUCGCCAAAGAUUUCUGUUUUAGAACAGGAAUUAGUCAGAGCUGAAGCUGAAUCCUUGGUUGCUGAAGCACAAUUAUCCAACAUCACCAGAGAACAAAUUAAGGCUGCAUUCAACUACCAAUUUGACGCUACCAGAGAAUUAGCUGAAAAGUACGCCUUAAUUGCUGGUUACGGUAAGGCCUUAUUGGAAUUGUUAGACGACUCUGCUGUCACUCCAGGUGAAACCAGACCAGCCUAUGACGGUUACGAUGCUUCUAAGCAAAUUAUCAUUGAUGCUGAAAACGCUUUGGCUUCUUGGACUCUCGACUCCGCAGUCGUCAGACCAACUUUGUCUUUACACCAAUCUGAAUAUGAUGAAGAAGAACACUACGAUGGUGAAUUAGACCAAGCCGCAGAAGAAGAAUUUGCUAAGCACGACGAUGUUGUUGAAAACAAAUAA